GGUCCCUUCUGAAAAAUUAAUUCCGUCGAUCUCGGUCAGAUCGUUUACCAAGAAACGGUAUAUUUAUGUUUUCGUACUAUUUCACAUCCGAUGAAAUUUGUUCGUAAAUGAUUUUUGGGAUUUUUAUGCUAUCAAAAUUGUUUCUAUAAAAAAAAAAAAAAUAAAUAAUAAUAAUAAAAAAAAAAAACAUUACUUAAAAAAAAAAAACACAUAUUUUGUUAGAUACGAUACGAUCGUCGAACGCCUAAUAUAUUUAUUGCCAGUCUGCUGUCGCCACCGUCGUCGCAGUGUCGAGUGUUUUUAAGAUUACAACAGUUCUGGUGUGUGUGGAUACGUUACUAUAAUUUGUGUACGAUUAAUAAUAAUAUAUCUAAUCGAUACUGUGGCCGAUCGUCGUUUUAGCAACAUAUACUUGUCAUUUACUCGUUCUCAAACAACUUAAUGUCCGUUAUUCACGAGCGCGUCAAAUCUUAAAUAAAUUGUUUUAAACAUUUUUGUGCGUGUCUUUCCGGUCGUUGUCAACGGUGAGUUUUGAUCUACUUCCACCGUCGUAUCGGUCGAGUCCGCGAGGCGCCAUGACAAGACGGCAACGCCGCAAAGCCCGCGACCAAUAGCGGGCAUCAUAACUGUUGACAUCCCGAUGUUGCCACAUUUCGGCCGAAGUCGCCGUCGCCAAGUGCAAUGGCCGCCACCGAAAUCGCAACCAAGAUCGCGGUAAAUUUCACUGAAAAUCUCACGGCAAAUAUCACGGAAAAUUCCACUGUAAAUAUCACAGGCAACGACACGUUGCUACACGACCAAACGAGCUCCGAUCUUUAUAAGGUGCCUGCCCUAUUGGUUGUCGUUCUAUCUGUGCUUUAUGGUUCAAUAUCAGUGAUAGCUGUGGCCGGAAACGGGCUGGUGAUAUGGGCCAUCGUCACCAGCAAACGGAUGCGAUCCGUCACCAAUCACUAUUUGGCAAAUUUGGCGUUCGCCGACAUACUCAUCGCACUCUUCGCCAUACCAUUUGAGUUUCAAGCUGCUCUGCUGCAACGAUGGAACCUACCGUCGUUCAUGUGCGCCUUUUGUCCAUUUAUACAUGUCCUUUCCAUUACGGUUAGUGUGUUCACACUGACCGCUAUAGCUGUGGACCGGCGCCAAGCAAUACUCAAUCCGUUCUCUGCAAGGACAUCAAAAACCCAAUGCCUGUGCGUGAUCGCAUUGAUCUGGAUUGCCGGCUUGGUGCUAAGUUCGCCGAUGGCGUAUGCACAGCGGGUAGUUUUCGUGUCCGAAGACUGGCCGUUCUGCCUCAAUGUCAAUCUGCCAAACAACGUGAUGUUCGUGUAUAGAGCGCUACUAGUAGUCGUCCAAUACCUCAUACCACUAUCGAUCAUGACGUGGGCCUAUUCCGGGAUAGGAUUCGCUUUGUGGGGAUCUUCGGCUCCCGGAAACGCACAGUCACAGAGAGACUUGAAUCUGAUGAGAAAUAAAAAGCGGGUCAUAAAAAUGCUUAUCAUCGUCGUCGCGCUGUUCACAUUAUGCUGGUUACCCCUGCAAACGUACAAUAUAUUACAACACAUAUUUCCUCAAAUUAACGAAUAUCCUUACAUCAACAUAAUUUGGUUCUGUUUCGAUUGGUUCGCCAUGAGCAAUAGCUGUUACAAUCCAUUUAUUUAUUCAAUAUAUAACGAGAAGUUCAAACAAGAGUUCAAAAUGCGGUUAGACUUCAUGGCGGGAAAGAGGCGACUUACCAGGGAUCUGAGCGCUUUUUCCAGCGGUCGUUUUGAGUGGCGCACUAAUCACGUGAACACGCACGAACGAAACCUAAAGCAUAGCUCGAUCGUCACCAACGACACGCCACUGAUACUUACGCCCGAUGCGUGAUCAAACAAUUGAUCGAAGGGCUGCGGCCUUGUGAGACAUUUAUCUAUUUAAUAUUUAUUCCUGUGUAAUUGUUUAAGUUGCGGUGCAGAUGUAAAAUGUGUUUUUUUAUUGUUUUCCCACGCACAAUAAUAUUAUAAUGGAACAUAAUAUAUCUUGUCUAGAAGCACCGAGACUCCGUUGUUCUUGUUCUAGAUAACCAAUUUUUAGCAUGUUUUUUUUUAUCGCCAUUUUUGUUUUCUUAUUCCUACUAUCAAUUUAUCUUUCUAUUUACUAUAAAAUUAUUCAAGUAUAACAUACAUAAUAUUAAAAAUGUUAUAUAAGACUCAUUAAUUAUAACAUAAUUA